UGCUCAGUCCCUGCUCCUGUGGGGACAGAAAUACUUUUUUUAUUAUCUUUACACUUUUGGGUGUAUUCAGAAUGAAAACCAGCUGUUUCUAUCUAGAAGUCCUGAGAUGCACCUGUUGAUCGAGGAGAACUUUACGUGUUUGAUAAUGAGCAAAAUUGCUGAGAUGAAGUGUGACACUCUUCUUUUUGAGGACGACAUUAAGGCAGAGGAGAGGAGCAGACUGAGCUGUGUGGAUUUGCCUCAGAGCAGUUUACCAGACGGGCAGAGCGCAGACCUGCUGAGGUGCCAGGAGACCAACGGGGACAUUUCUCCCAUCAGAAGACACGGGUCUCGUUUGGGUGGGGUCAAAGUUCGCCACAAGAGACAGGUGCUGCAGGACAUGGCCCGGCCGCUCAAACAUUGGCUGUACAAACACCGGGACAACCCUUACCCCACCAAGACGGAGAAGGUCCUGCUGGCUCUGGGCUCUCACAUGACUCUAGUACAGGUUUCCAACUGGUUCGCAAACGCCCGGCGGAGGCUGAAGAACACAGUGAGACAGCCAGACCUGAGCUGGGCCCUGAGGAUCAAACUGUACAAUAAAUACAUCCAGGGAAACGCUGAGAGACUGAGCGUGUGCAGCGAUAACUCAGAAUCAGACGAUGAACACUGUCCCUUACAAACUCCCAUCGGCCAAUCAGACUUUGGCAUGUCCCACAAGAGUGCGCUCGAGAAGCAGGGCGGCGUCCUCGCCAUGGCGGACUCUGCCAACAGUGACGACAGCGCUUCACCUCCAUCCAAGUACAAGAGCAGUUUGCUGAACCGCUACCUGAACGACACCCUGAGACACAUGAUGGCGGGGGAGGCCAAUGGCGUCGCUCCGGCCCGCAAGAGGAGGAGCCACUCCGAGUCGUUCAGCUCCAACGACUGCGAUCGAGAUGUUGUCUCUCCGGCGUCAUCGUACGAAACGGAGGCCAACUUCGUCUACCACAUGGGUGAGAGAUCUCAGUGUUUGUCACUGUUCAAGAACAUAUUACAAGACACAAUGGACUAUACGUCAACUAAAUGUGACAGGGAGCAGCAGCAGGGCCGAGGUCAGCAUAGUCGAGGUGAUCAGGACUGGAGGGAGAUUCACGCCGCCGUGGCUCUUACCAACCUGGCCCAGGGGCAGAGCAGCUUGACAGGGCCCAAAGCUGGUACAGAGCAGAGCAGCACACGAGGUCCCACCUUGGUUACCAGUAUCCUGGACAGGAUACGUGUCACAGGACCCAACGCGGCUCUGAGGCAGAGCUGCACCACGGGGCCCACUCUCACCAGCCGCAUCAUCCAGAAGUCCUCCCAUAUCUCUGAAGUCCAGACUGUUAAUGUGGCCCUGGCAAACAGCAUGUAGGCAUUUCAUGAAAGCAUCUGGUCAAUUGUUCCAUAGAGGAAUACCAGAUGCUUAAGUGCUGAGCAAUAUCUGUACAGCCUCUGUUCUUUUGUAAAGCUGAUAAACUUUGACAUUUUCAAUCAUUUCUACAUUGUAAAAGGGAAAAACUGACCUAAUGCAGUUGAGUAUUUUCUACUUUUUUGCCAUGUUUCUAAUGACUUCCUAUUGCCGUCUGUUGCAGUAAGUUAUAUUAACUUUUUAAUCAUUUGUUAUUAUUUACAUUGCUUCUGUGUUUCCGUUCUGUGUGAUGGGGGUGAGUGUGUGACUAUAACACGAAAUGCCGUGAGACUGGGUUGGAUAGUCACAUUUGUUGAGAUACAAGUCAGUAAAUCAGCUUUUUUAGCCAACAGCUUAAAGGUGGGGUAGGUCAUUUUGGAGAAACCAGCUCGAGUGCGCUAGAAUUUGAAAAUACACAGCCGGAAAAAAUCUGCCACUUCCUUACAGAGCCCCUC